UUCAGAAACAACGAACGUCGAAAUCAGAGCGAAAAACCUCGAUUAUUCUCUCAUUUCACCACCAAAUUCGACGAUUUUGGUAUGAAUCUCUUCGUUUUUGAGAGAUCUAUCAAGCCCAGCAGUCCGUUUCUUCGAUCUGCUCGAUGGUUGGCUCCAAACGGCGAAAGAACAGUCGCGGCGGAGCUUCUUCCUCCACUGCUCCGCCAGCUCCGCCAGCUCCGGCGACUUAUGAACUACCUCCGGCGAGCUCUCCUCUCCCUUCUCCAGCGUCUACACGUCCUCCUUGGCCAAGAGAUGAAGGUAUUCGAAUCCCUUCUUCAAUUGUUUGGGGAGUAAACCUUAAGAAAGCAGUAGAGAAGGAUGAGUGUGUGUUUAGAGAAAUUUCGGAACAAUGGGAUGAGUAUGAUACCUUGUUCUAUAAUGCCUGGUUGGGAAUUGAUAUAAGGCCAACUCGAUUCGUUGAUAACAUUGCGAUGAGGAUAAUGGGGAUUCAAAGGGACGUACUUCAUCUUGUUCAGAAGAUUGGUUUAGGAACUAUCUGCUUGAAGCAAUACGAUCUUUAUCCUGAUUUGGUUCGUCAGUUUCUCGCCACAGCCCGUGUUUACUAUGCGAACGAGGUCGUCAAGAACGCUUUGGAAGGUACUCUCACCUUCCUCAUCUACAGAGUUCGUUAUAGGCUACCUUUACGGGAUCUCUGUGGCAUUUAUGGUUUUGAGAGAGACUUCAUUGGAGUUGCGCUUCCAGCACAGUUCCCUGGUGCCCAGAUUUUCUGGUUUCAUUUUGGCAACAAGGCCUAUGACUCCAAGACAUCCACUCAGAUAGAUGUGCGGCAUCCCGUUCUCAGGUACGUCACUCGUGCUAUUGGGAACACUUUUCUGUGCAAGAUGGAACCUGGGAAGAUGAGACUUGCCGAGUUGAUAUUACUCUCCUAUGCUGUUGGUGAUUUGUGUGGAGACGAGUGCUGUUUGCCCAUCAAUGUUAAUAUGGGAGCUGUUUUUGCUCACCACUUGGUAUCUCUGAAGACCAAGCCUUUCUCAGGGACAGGAAAGAAGACUGAGAGUGUUGGCAGUUUGUUGACCCCCAUCUUUCAGCAUUUUGGGAUUCGCACAGAGGGUUGCAGCAUUGUCACUACUCGUUCUCUAAUGAACGAAGAGUAUCUCAAACAUGCGAAAUGGAUUAAGGACGAUUGGCUUUGGUGUUUUAGUGACACAACUGGAGAGCAUAUGGUUCAGUUACCGGAUCCCGAGCUCACAGCUAUUGGUGAGGACCCGCAUCAGUUGCUAUUUGAGCCCGACCCGCGUCUCCUCAUCACUCCUCAGCCUUCUCGACGUCGUCGAAUUCCUCCUCUUCCUACUGCUGAUCCUGGAGCUUCAUCUUCUUCUGCACCAGCACAGUUCGGCACCAGCACAGUUUGAACUGCCACCACCACCAGAUAUUCCCAUGGAGCAAGCUGCUUUCCAGAGAUACAUGGUUCAGAGUGUUCACCAGAUAUGGAACGCGAUCGCUUCUCUCUCUCGUUGUGGAUGUGUGCGCCCCACUCGUCGUCGUCCACGUUCCCGCUCUCCACCUGCUGAUGAUCAGGGUGAUGAGGCUUAGUUCCUUAGCCUUUCCGGUUUAAGUUUUCUAUUUCCUUUUUGAGUCAUUUUUAUUUCUGCUUUGAGUCAGUUUGUUAUUUGCUUUCGCAUUAAAAUUUGUAUGGCAUUAUUAUCUAUUUUGUUGCUUUUGACUUGUGUUUUAGUGUUCUUAACAGUGCUACA